CAUUACUCGAUCCCUUCGUGAUUCAAAUCCCAUCUCCAUUUACAUUUAUCAAGUCGUAUAAUGCUUGUGAUUAUAAUUUCAAGGGAUCAUCCAAUUCACAAAUUGCCUUUGUCUGUGUCGAUUCUGCAAUUGAUAUAUACGUCACGGUCAGAUUAGUCAUGAUCCUUAAGAGAGCAAAUAAAAACUCAGCACUAAUCGAUUCCAUUAUAAAUCGCAAAUCAAAACGCACGGUAUUUACGGCGAUUAUCUAUUGGAAUUUUAUACGUUUACUAGUGGCUUUCGGCGAAAAUGUGACCUACUUAGUUCUUAUAAUCUUAGCCUCCACUACUCUUGUUGAUAUUAAUGGUGCGACGGCAGAAAGCUUUUUUCAAUGUUUUUUCUAUGUACUCAUGACUUAUGUUGUGACCGCUGAUGUCGAAAUUGUUAAAGUUAUUGAAGGUAAAAACUAUAAGAGAGGAUCAAGUAGUUCGGAAAGCAAAAAAAGUUAUCUUAGAACUUCCGGCACACACAUGCAACCUGGUUCAUCUGCUGAAGGCUAUAGUAGAGAUGAACUCAACGUGUCCACAAAUAAGUUGACAUUCUUUAAGUGGAUUAAUAUGAUUAUAGGUUUUCAUCGCAAAGAUAUCAAGAGUGUGCAUGAAUUUGAGCAGAAUGAAUUAGAAGAAAUUAUCGAAGGACCCUCGAAAGCAGCUGCUUUGGAUCUCGAAAAAGGAAAGAGUACUAGCGAAUAG